AUGGCUCCAAAAACUCCCAUUAGCCUCUCUUUUCUCUUCCUAAUUCUUCCCAUUUUCUUCUUCAUUCAAGCUCUCUCUGCCCCUAAUUAUAAUUAUAACUAUCAGAAAGCUUACAAUGAGCUCAGUUAUGAUUUUUAUGACAAAUCGUGCCCUCGUUUGCCAUCGAUAAUUCGAUAUCGUGUUUGGGCUGCCGUACAAAACGACUCUAGAAUUGCUGCAUCACUACUACGAUUGCAAUUCCAUGAUUGUAUUGUAGAUGGAUGUGAAGCAUCGGUGUUGCUUGAUGAUACUAAAGACAUGAAAGGUGAGAAAAAUGCUCCGGGAAAUGUGAAAUCGCUACGAGGGUUUGAAGUGAUCGAUGUCAUUAAAGCGGAUGUCGAAACAUAUUGUCCCGAGACAGUUUCAUGUGUUGAUAUAUUAGGUCUUGCAGCUAGAGAAGCUGUGUAUCUGGUCGGAGGGCCAUCUUGGAACCUUCCACUAGGACGUAGAGAUGGCUUAACCGCAAGCAAAAAAUCCGUCUUGGAACAGCUCCCAUCGCCCAAGGCAUCUCUAGAGAACAACACAGCCAAGUUCACCUCAAAGGGCCUCGAUUUAAAGGACCUCGUCGUGCUAUCGGGCGCACACACCAUCGGCUUCGCUCGUUGCGUGACAUUCAAGGUCCGCCUCUUCAACUACAAGGGCUCCGGCCAGCCCGACCCCGACAUCAACGCAGCCAUGCUCUCGGACUUGCAAUCCAUGUGCCCCAACAGAAACGACGGCACCAACGCCAAUUUAGCCCCACUGGAUGUGGUCACUGUUGACAGGUUCGACAAUGAGUAUUACACGAACUUGAUUAGUGGCGUGGGGCUUUUGGAGUCGGACCAUAGUCUAAUGGCCGACAGCUACGCAGCUCAUAUGGUGAGACAAUACAGUUAUGAUACGAAUUUGUUCUAUGAUGACUUUGCUGAGUCGAUGUUGAGGAUGAGCUUGGUUGGGGUUUUGAGUGGGCGUGAUGGGCAGAUUCGAAAGAAUUGCCAUGUUGUUAAUGUUGAUGAUGGGUAUUGAAAUGUGUUCUUAGUCAAUGGAAUGUGAGCCCAUUU